AUGCCUCUCGACCGCCUCAUCAAGGCUAAGAAGAGCGUUUCGGGUAUCGUCUCUCGGAUGAGCAGUGCUCCUAUUCAGCCAUGUCACCCCGAGCGAAAUGAAAACGAUGCACCAAGUUGUGAGGCUCCGAGUCCAUAUUCGCCAGGAGCAAGUUCCGCCGUACCAGAUGCAAAUGACGAAUCACCUACCAAAGAUACUUCGUCUGUACGCAAAGGUCUGAUAGGGUCGUUGCGAAAGCAAAAGCUGCGGAGCAUUAGCUCGUUACGAAGUUUGCGGUCGCCUACCAAGACCAAGCAGUCCGAUGUAUCUGCAUCACCACUGGCUGAAAGUCCUUGUACCCCAAAACAUCGACUCAACUCAUCGCUCGUUCUUAACUUCGAGCAAUCACCCCCUGAUAAACCGAUAUUCGAUCUCGAACGCAAAGACUCCAUUACCUCAAGCUUGAAGGUCCAUCACUCCUCGCCCGUGCCUGUUCCCACAUCUGAAAAUCAGAACUUGCGAUCACUCGUCGAUUCUUCGAUCAUUCCUUUUGGAACCGUGCCGCUUUCACCAGCUCCCAUCCAGAGAAUCCUAGAGUUGGACCAGACUGAGACUCUCUCUGAUAGUCUUCAGCGUGCUGCAGUAUACUUCGAUGAACCUGUUCUCAGCUACGAAGACUUUGAGCUGAAUGAUUUGCUUCCCGACGAGUGCACCACGCACUCUGGCAACAGCGAAGAGGUACGACAGAGAUUAGCCUGUGAGGAGCUGUCUUGGGCACAUCGUACGAAGAACUUGUCAGAUUACAAGGUAGACGACGAGGAGGACGGCGCACAAGGCGGUGCCACCAACGAAGCACUGAGCGCAGCGGACGUGAACGAUACGGUAGAGGAACCUGCAAAACUUAUACUAGGCAAAGGGUAUUGUGCGAGGGCAUACCGUCGAGUAGAUGGAAAGUGUCGACUCAAGAUCAAGCUGCUCGCUUCCGACCCCGAAGAUGGCGACGAUGGCCCCGAAUGGGAUGACGAGAUGCCAUUCAGGUUUGCUGGGGCUCAAGAAGAUAAACUAGUGUCAGAACUUGGCGCCAUCAUUCGAGAAAACGGAAUUGUCUCCACAUGUGAUGACAAGAUUGACGAGGCGUUUGCAGCGGGCAAACUUCCAGCAUAUCUGGAUAUCACUCUGGACGAGGACAACGAUAAGAAUGCACAGAGCCUCCUCCACAGUCUGACGAAGAUACGGGAGCGCGAUAGCACUUGGGGCCAACACAUAGGACUCUACGAUGGCUCCGGCUACGGGGCGGGAUCCAGCUCGCGACCUGUGACGGGUGUGACUGAGACGACCGACGUUCCCUGCGCACGCAUUGCUGGAGCAUUCACAGAUCACGAGAGUGAAGUCCCCACGAUCAUUCGCAGGCUGUGGGACAACACCUAUCCUCACGGCCUUGAUGCGGACUUUCCUGGACAGGCUACUGUGAGUGAUCCAGCAAUCUCCGAGGCGCAGGAACAACCGGAAAGCCAUUUCGAGAACUACGAAGCGGUCCAGGGUAUGCUGGAUCCUCGUGGCAACGCAUAG